AUGCAAUUGAUCUUGAUGAUUGGCGGCUGGGUGGAAGAAGCAACCUCCGUUCAGCCAGUCUCUCGCGAACCUCUGGAUGGAGAGAGGCGUGGCAAGUCCACAAGGACGCGCGACGCUCCAGCUGGUCGUAGGGCUAGCGCAUUCCCCAGGACACUGCAGGUGAGGAGAGCCCUUCAGUCUCCACUGAGAGUAGCGCUGGAUGCAUCGAGAAAGAGACCACAGAGAUAG